CUUUACCUCAGUGUGCCGACCACUCCCGUUGGAAUCGCUUCCACUCCGUGCGAGCAGAUCCGGCAUCCCGCCGCCCCAUGUCGCCGUCGUCGGCCCCGGCGAGCCGCCGCCACCUGCGCCUCUGGUGGCGCCGUCGCGGCCGUGCCGGCGCCGUCGCCGCCACCUUCGCCGCCGCGCUCCUCGCCGCGGGGCUCCUCCUCGCGCUCUCCUACUACGCCUCCGUCGUGGCGCCCCGCGCGGCCCCCUCCUCCUCCUCCUCCUCCUCCGGCGCUCUCGUCGAUCUCACUCUUCUCCGCCGAGCCGAGAAGAAGGGCGCGCUGUGCUUGGACGGAAGCGCGCCAGGGUACCAUCUGCAGAGAGGCUCUGGCAGUGGCUCUCAGAGCUGGCUCAUCCACCUGGAGGGUGGAGGCUGGUGCAGAAAUUUGAAGUCAUGUGCUUCACGCCAGAAAUCAAUGUUGGGUUCUUCCCGGUACAUGGAACGUCAGGUUGAGUUUGCCGGGAUCUUGAGUGAUGACGAAGCUCAAAAUCCAGAUUUUUAUGACUGGAAUAAAGUGAAGAUAAGGUAUUGCGACGGGGCAUCAUUUUCUGGGAACGUCAAAGAUGAGUUUCAGAACGGCACAAAAUUCUUUUUCAGAGGCCAGCGUAUCUGGAAAGCAGUUAUGGAUGAACUUCUACUGAAGGGGCUCAAACAUGCUAAACAGGCUUUUCUAACAGGAUGCUCUGCUGGUGGGUUAGCCACUUACAUUCACUGUGAUGAUUUUCGUGCACUGCUGCCAAAAGAUUCUAGGGUUAAGUGUCUUGCGGAUGGUGGUUUUUUCCUUGAUGUAGAAGACAUUUCCAAGCAAAGAACCUUGCGGGCUUUCUAUAGUGAAGUUGUCCGUCUUCAGGAUCUCAAGAGGAGGUUUUUGCACUGCAGUUCAAGCGAGGAUCCAGGCCAGUGCUUCUUUCCACGUGAAGUUGUUAAAGCCAUCCAUACACCAGUAUUUGUUCUUAAUCCAGCAUAUGACGCCUGGCAGGUACAACAUGUGUUGGCACCAGAAGCAUCGGACCCUAAACAUUCAUGGUUAGACUGUAGGUUGGAUAUUAGCAAGUGCAAUCCUAACCAACUUAAAAUUCUCCAAGGUUUUAGGGAAGAACUACAUGUUGCUAUGAGUGAACUCAAGCAGAAAAAAGACUGGGGUAUUUUUAUUGACUCCUGCUUUGUACACUGUCAGUCGCUAAACUCCUUGACAUGGCACUCUCCGUCUUCUCCUAGAGUCAGUAACAAGACCAUCGCAGAAGCAGUAGGGGACUGGUUCUUUGACAGGAGAGAGGUGAAGGAGCUAGAUUGUGAAUAUCCCUGCAACCCGACGUGCCACAACCUGGUUUUUGAUAAGCCUUUCAAGGGAUGAAGUUUCUUUCAUUUUUAUCCUUUUUGUUCGUGGCAUUGUAAAUUUAGCAAAUUUUUUAUAGAAAUCUAUAAACUUAGUUGAAGUGAGGGAGACUGCAUCCGCAAGUACCUCAGCUAGUUGUGAAACUUCAGAUGUGGUACUGCUAGUUUUGUGGUCUCUGAAGAAACACAAGAAUUCAGUAGUGAAUUCUUCGUUUUGUAAACGUGAAUGCGAUAUGAAAGAAUCCCUCUUUGAUGCCA